AAACCUUAAGGGAUCUGACGUCAUGACACCCACGUACGUCAGCCGUCACUUACAACAACACCACCACCUCUUGCCUUUCCUGUAUUAAAAGCCAUCUGUUGUUACCUAUCCAGUUUAUCAGUACCAUCACCAAUUCGUGUGCUAAAGAAUCACACCAACUGAAGCCAGCAACCCUACCUGAACCCGAACCAACACAAACCACAACUCAGCACCAACACAAACACCAACAUCAGCACAUCGAGUCAUCAUGGCCAUCACCUCAGCAAUCGCCGACUUCCUCAAGUCCAUCGCCGAGCUGCUCUCGUCCGUCUUUGGCACAGCCUACUCCAUCGUGCACUCCUUCAUCACCGGAGUCUUUGGCCUCUUCAGCGGCUUCUUUGCCCUGGUCGGCGACCUGGGCAAGGGCGUGGUCGACCUUGUUGGCGGGGUGGGCAAGUUCGUUGCCAGCAACAUUGUCGUCUUGGGCGUGAUUGCUGCCGCGGGUUAUGCAUACAUCACCUAUGUCCAACCACAACAGCGCCAGGGACGCAAGCCGGUGGGCAUGAAUGGUGCCGGCGCGGGAGGGAAGAAGACCAACUAAACUGAGUCGCUUCAUUCCAAUUCAAAUAUUGAAGGCAAGAGUGGGGUUUAGGCCGGGGAAAUCAGUUACCCAAGGGAUCGCCUGGUGACUGAGGAGUGCGUACUGUUUGAAUAUGUAUUGGGUGGGACUAUGUGGAAGUUGUUUGGGAGUUUACGUUGGGAGACUGAAUGCUUGAGUUAUGAUGAUCAAAUGAUACCAGGGCGGCGUAUGUAUGACUGUAACAUCAGAUAUGAGGAUUGGAAGCAGGAUGAAAUCGCCAUGAAUUCAAAUAGUUGAGACUUGAGAGUCUUGUGGUUGAAUACAAGACGCUCGAGGAGCCGAGGUCUAGCAUACGGGAAUGGAACCAUGCAGACAUGUAUAAGCACCAUCUGCAAU